UCAAUCAAGGCCGUUUCGGCGAGCUUGAAGCACUCAGGGGGAGCAUACAGGUUUGACCGCGGUCGCAGCAGGCAUGCAAAACGGGGUCUAGAUCCUAUGCACUUAACGAAGCGUGCUCAAAUUUGACAUCGCGGUGCCUAGGGGAAGAUUGGCGAAGUUGAAUAUCUCGCUGUUAUUAUCUCCGCCGUUGUACACCGUUUUGCACUAGUCCUCUCUUCCUCUCGUCACCACCCCCCCUCCCCCAACCAGCCACCAACAUGCAACCUAUCAAGACGAGAAUCACCGAGCUUCUUGGCAUCACUACGCCAAUCAUCAGUGCCCCCAUGGGGUAUUCCUGGUCUGCCGACCUCGCUAGUGCAGUCACGAAGGCAGGCGGAUUUGGAAUGGCUGGAGCAGCAUUCGACACUUCAGAGCAAUUACGUGACAACCUUGGGGGAGUGCGCACCGCGCUUGGUGUGCCGACGGGAAAGGUGCUGCCCAUAGGCGUCGGCCUUGUGGGAUGGGUACUCGACCAGACCGAGAUUUCUGAAGAUCCCCGCAUCCCAACUGUGCUCGAUGAACUGCCGAAGGCAAUCUACUUCGCGUUCGGCGAGGACCUCGGGAAGUACGUCAAGGCCGUUCGGGACUAUGAGGCGAACAGGAAUCACAAGACGCCGGUGUUUGUCUGCGUCAGCACUCUCGAGCAAGCCCUCCGGGCAGCCAAAGAAUGGCACGUCGACGUCCUCGUCGCCCAAGGUAUAGAGGCGGGAGGGCACUCUAAUCUGCACGCUCCUCCAGUAUCCAUCCUGCUCAGCGCAAUUCUAGAGGCUAUCCCGAAUGGGCCCCCGGUCGUUGCUGCAGGAGGGAUUGCAACAGGCGCACAGGUCGCGUCGUUACUCACUCUGGGGGCCUCAGCUGUCAUCCUCGGCACUCGUCUACUCUUUACCGAGGAAUGCCAGUACACGUCCGUGCAAAAGUCGAUUAUUCUGGACGCAGGGCUCGGCAACUCGACGGCGCAAGGAGCAUGCUUCGACGAGGUUAUGGGCAUGAAGUGGCCAAAGGAUAUAGUCGGGCAUGGUGUCGCGAACAGGAUCUGGACGGACCACCUUGAGGGCCUACCAUUCGAAGAGCGAAAAAGGCGAUAUGACGAGGGAAAGGCAAACAGCGACACGGAUCGUCUGAUUGUGUGGGCAGGCAAGGCAGUCGGUCUGACGAAGGAAAUCAGACCUGCGGGAACAGUCGUCGCUCAGAUACACGAAGACGCUAUACGCACGCUGAAGAAGGCAUCUGCGCUCCUGUAGCCGUUGCGUCCAUGAAUCGUUAUAUUUGAUGUACUAGUACUAUAUACAAAUGU